UAACACAAUCAAACACAAUGUCGAUCAACAUGAAAAUCCUAACCCAAGCCUUCGCGAAAACCGCUGCGGUCAUCGAGAAAACCGUUCAGACUACCGUCCAGGAGGUUUCCGGACCCAAGGCUCUCCUUGACUACGAGCUCCUUCAGCAGAUUGGUUCUGCCGGCCCAGGCCUUGCCUGGAAGUUGUACUCCGCCAAGGCACGUGAUGCUGCGCGUUCCCACCAGUAUCCCACCGUUUGCGUCUGGGUUCUUGACAAGAAGGUGCUGGCGGAGGCGCGAACGCGUGCGGGGCUUUCCAAGAUCGUCGAGGAUUCAUUCUUCGAUCUGAUACGUGCUGAUGCGGCAAGGCUUGUGAGGCUACGGCAUCCGGGGGUGGUCCACGUGGUGCAGGCUUUGGAUGAGAAUAAGAAUGCCAUGGCGAUGGUUACGGAGCCAUUAUUUGCAUCGGUGGCAAAUGCGAUUGGGAAGUUCGAGAAUGUUGCCAAUGUUCCUAAUGAUAUCAAUGGGAUAGAAAUGAGUUUGUUGGAGGUGAAGCAUGGUUUGCUUCAGAUCACGGAAUCCUUGGACUUUCUCCAUAAUAAUGCACAUCUUAUUCAUCAAGCUAUAGCACCUGAGAAUGUCUUAAUUACUUCAAGUGGAGCUUGGAAGCUUGGUGGGUUUGGUUUUGCUAUCUCAACAGACCAGGCCUCUAGUGAUUUGGCUAUUGUGAAGGCCUUCCAUUAUUCUGAAUAUGAUACUGAAGAUUCUGUCUUGCCUCUUCAGCCAUCAUUGAAUUAUACUGCACCUGAAUUGGUUCGAAGUAAAUCAUCUUCAGUUGGAUGGUCUUCUGACAUUUUCAGUUUUGGAUGCCUGACCUACCAUUUAGUUGCUCGAAAGCCUUUGUUUGACUGCAACAACAACGUCAAGAUGUAUAUGAAUACUUUGACAUACUUAUCCAGUGAAGCCUUCUCUUCUAUACCACCCGAACUAAUCCAUGAUUUACAAAGGAUGCUCUCUUCAAAUGAGUCUACCAGGCCAUCAGCAGUGGAUUUUACUCGCUCUCCUUUUUUCCGGAAAGAUACUAGGUUGCGUGCUCUUCGCUUCCUCGACCACAUGCUUGGAAGAAAUAACAUGCAGAAGUCUGAGUUUCUAAAAGCCUUAUCUGAUAUGUGGAAAGAUUUUGAUUCCCGUGUGUUGCAAUAUAAGGUACUUCCACCUCUUUGUGCAGAACUCAGGAAUCUAGUUAUGCAGCCGAUGAUUGUGCCCAUGGUUCUCAAGAUUGCAGAGUCUCAGGAUAAAACUGAUUUCGAGUUAGUUACAUUCCCAGCUCUUGUCCCUGUCCUGAGCACUGCUGCAGGAGAGACCUUGUUGUUGCUGGUGAAGCAUGCAGAUCUUAUUAUUAACAAGACAUCUCCAGAGCACCGAGUGUCCCAUGUACUGCCCAUGCUUGUUCGAGCUUAUGAUGAUAGUGAUCCUCGUAUCCAAGAAGAAGGUUUGAGAAAAUCUCUAUUACUUGCCAAGCAGCUUGAUAUGCAGCUUGUGAAAGCUGCCAUUCUGCCUCGCGUUCAUGGCUUGGCUCUUAAAACAACAGUUGCUGCGGUCAGAGUCAAUGCUUUGCUCUGCUUAGCAGAUUUUGUUCACACACUUGAUAAGCAUGCUGUAAUGGAUGUAUUACAAACCAUUCAGCGUUGUACUGCUGUUGAUCGUUCUGCUCCCACUCUAAUGUGUACCCUAGCCGUUUCAAACUCAAUUUUCAAGCAAUAUGGAGUUGAAUUCACUGCAGAGCAUGUCCUCUCUUUACUCAUACCUCUUCUCACCUCCCAACAGUUGAAUAUUCAUCAGUUUUCCAAAUAUAUGCAUUUUGUUAAGGAUAUUCUCAGUAAGAUAGAAGACAAACGGGGGGUUACUUUAAAUGAUUCGGGAAUCCCAGAGGUAAAACAUACUACUACCACCAAUGGGCUUCAGCCUGAAGCCUUGAGCAAAACAAGUGGAACUGUGGCUUCAGCUAAAAGCAACCCGGCUUGGGAUGAAGACUGGUGCCCUACAGCCAGAGGAGCUGCCGGUGCCGGUGUCAGUGCCACUUCUCAGCAGGCUUCAAAAAACAAUUCAUCCGUUGAUUCCAUCUUGGGUGCUAAAUCAAUUCAAUCACCCAAACAAGCAGAACCUUCUGCGAUAUCUACUGUAUCUAGCCAGCAAAUGCCUGUUUCUUGCCCCACGGUUGACAUUGAGUGGCCUCCUCGUGCAACUUCAGGUAUUACUGCAGAGUCCAGCAAUGGCGAGAAGCAAUUAAAUGCUGCAACAUCAUUGGCAUCAAAUUUUGAUGAUUUAGAUCCUUUCGCAAACUGGCCUCCGCCGCCUAGUGCCUCAAAUGAUUUGGGGAGCUUCAACAAUGAGACCAUGGGAUCAGCCAAGACCAGUUAUGGAUCCAGUUCCAGCGAUAGUACCCUAUUCAACAUUAACAACCCUGAGGACAAAAGCAACAGUUGGGCCUUCAGCAACCAAAACUCUGGAGAGCUACUAAGACCUAAUCUCAGAGCUUCAACUUCCGAUGCAACCAUCUUGAUCAGUGGGGGUCUCCAGAACUCUAUUGGGUUCAUGAAACAGAAUCAGGGGAAUUCGGCUUCGAUGAGCUCUUCAUACAAUAAUCCGAAAUCUUUAGAUCUGGGGUCCAUAUUUAGUACUAGCAAAAAAGAGCAGGCUGCACCGAAACUUGUACCACCACCCUCAACUUCUGUGGGUAGAGGAAGAGGAAUGGGGAGGGCAAGGGCCAAACCAAAAUCUGAACAGCCUCCUCUCUUGGAUUUACUUUGAUAAUUGGGGUUUGCUUCUACUAGAGCGAGUUCUUUUUUUUCUUUUCCUUAUUUUGGUUCUUUUUUUCCCUUUCUGAAAAUGUGGAUUUGAUUUUGAUAGAGUUGUCAUCCCCUCCUGUAUAGAGCUUUCCCAGAUCCCCGAAAGUAAAUUUAUAUAUCUAUGGAUGACAGUAAUAUGGCCAUUGUGGAUGAUGCCAUUGUUCUCCACAUCAUAGCACUGAUAUGAGAUUUGCUUGUGGCUUUAUUAUUGUAAUUGGGAUUACAUGUCAGAGGCCUGUUUUUGCGGCUUUCUUCUGCACUGCAUUGUAAUUGUUUGAGGCCUCAACUUUUGUUAGGAGAAAUAAAAACAAAUUGUUA